CGCAGCCCUCCCCAUACUCUGGGCGCGGAGCACAAGGAUUGGUCGCGCCUAUUUUCGCUGCGCUUUUCCUCUUAUUUCAGUUUUCUUCGAGAUCAAAUCUGGUUUGUAGAUGUGCUUGGGGAGAAUGGGGGCCUCUUCUCCAAGAAGCCCGGAGCCUGUCGGGCCGCCGGCGCCCGGUCUGCCCUUCUGCUGCGGAGUAUCCCUGCUGGCGGUCGUGGUGCUGCUCGCGCUGCCGGUGGCCUGGGGUCAAUGCAAUGCCCCAGAAUGGCUUCCAUUUGCCAGGCCUACCAAACUAAUUGAUGAGUCUGAGUUUCCCAAUGGGACAUAUCUGAACUAUGAAUGCCGCCCUGGUUAUUAUGGAAGACCGUUUUCUAUCAUCUGCCAAAACAACUCAGUCUGGACUAGUGCUAAGAACAGGUGCACACGUAAAUCAUGUCCUAAUCCUUCAGAUCCUGUGAAUGGCAUGGUGCAUGUGAUCAAAGACAUCCAGUUCGGAUCCCAAAUUAAAUAUUCUUGUACUAAAGGAUACCGACUCAUUGGUUCCUCGUCUGCCACAUGCAUCCUCUCAGGCAAUACUCUCAUUUGGGAUAAUGAAACACCUGUUUGUGACAGAAUUCCUUGUGGGCUACCCCCAACCAUUGCCAAUGGAGAUUUCAUUAGCACCAACAGAGAGUAUUUUCACUAUGGAUCUGUGGUGACCUACCGCUGCAAUCUUGGAAGCAGAGGGAGAAAGGUGUUUGAGCUCGUGGGUGAGCCCUCCAUAUACUGCACCAGCAAUGAAGAUCAAGUGGGCAUCUGGAGCGGCCCGGCCCCUCAAUGCAUUAUACCUAACAAAUGCACGCCUCCAAUUGUGGAAAAUGGAAUAUUGGUAUCUGACAACAGAAGCUUAUUUUCCUUAAAUGAAGUUGUGGAGUUUAGGUGUCAGCCUGGCUUUGUCAUGAAAGGACCCCGCCGUGUGCAAUGCCAGGCUCUGAACAAAUGGAAGCCAGAGCUACCAAGCUGCUCCAGGGUAUGUCAGCCGCCUCCAGGUGUCCUGCAUGGUGAGCAUACCCAAAGGGACAAGGACAACUUUUCACCCGGGCAGGAAGUGUUCUACAGCUGUGAGCCCGGCUAUGACCUCAGAGGGGCUGCGUCUCUGCGCUGCACACUCCAGGGAGACUGGAGCCCUGAAGCCCCCAGAUGUGAAGUGAAAUCCUGUGAUGACUUCAUGGGCCAACUUCUUAAUGGCCGUGUGCUAUUUCCAGUAAAUCUCCAGCUUGGAGCAAAAGUGGAUUUUGUUUGUGAUGAAGGAUUUCAAUUAAAAGGCAACUCUGCUAGUUACUGCGUCUUGGCUGGAAUGGAAAGCCUUUGGAAUAGCAGCGUUCCAGUGUGCGAACAAAUCUUUUGUCCAAGUCCUCCAGUUAUUCCUAAUGGGAGACACACAGGAAAACCUCUGGAAGUCUUUCCCUUUGGAAAAGCAGUAAAUUACACAUGCGACCCCCACCCAGACAGAGGGAGGACCUUCGACCUCAUUGGAGAGAGCACCAUCCGCUGCACAAGUGACCCUCAAGGGAAUGGGGUUUGGAGCAGCCCUGCCCCUCGCUGUGGAAUUCUGGGUCACUGUCAAGCCCCGGAUCCUUUUCUGUUUGCUAAGUUGAAGACCCAAACCAAUGCAUCUGACUUUCCCAUUGGGACAUCUUUAAAGUACGAAUGCCGUCCUGAGAACUAUGGGAGGCCAUUCUCUAUCACAUGUCUAGAUAACCUGGUCUGGUCGAGUCCCAAAGAUGUCUGUAAACGUAAAUCAUGUAAAACUCCUCCGGAUCCAGUGAAUGGCGUGGUGCAUGUGAUCACAGACAUCCAGAUUGGAUCCAGAAUCAACUAUUCUUGUACUACAGGGCACCGACUCAUUGGUCACUCAUCUGCUGAAUGUAUCCUCUCAGGCAAUACUGCCCAUUGGAGCACGAAGCCGCCAAUUUGUCAACGAAUUCCUUGUGGGCUACCCCCAACCAUCGCCAAUGGAGAUUUCAUUAGCACCAACAGAGAGUAUUUUCACUAUGGAUCUGUGGUGACCUACCGCUGCAAUCUUGGAAGCGGAGGGAGAAAGGUGUUUGAGCUCGUGGGUGAGCCCUCCAUAUACUGCACCAGCAAUGAAGAUCAAGUGGGCAUCUGGAGCGGCCCGGCCCCUCAAUGCAUUAUACCUAACAAAUGCACGCCUCCAAAUGUGGAAAAUGGAAUAUUGGUAUCUGACAACAGAAGCUUAUUUUCCUUAAAUGAAGUUGUGGAGUUUAGGUGUCAGCCUGGCUUUGUCAUGAAAGGACCCCGCCGUGUGCAAUGCCAGGCUCUGAACAAAUGGAAGCCAGAGCUACCAAGCUGCUCCAGGGUAUGUCAGCCGCCUCCAGGUGUCCUGCAUGGUGAGCAUACCCAAAGGGACAAGGACAACUUUUCACCCGGGCAGGAAGUGUUCUACAGCUGUGAGCCCGGCUAUGACCUCAGAGGGGCUGCGUCUCUGCGCUGCACACUCCAGGGAGACUGGAGCCCUGAAGCCCCCAGAUGUGAAGUGAAAUCCUGUGAUGACUUCAUGGGCCAACUUCUUAAUGGCCGUGUGCUAUUUCCAGUAAAUCUCCAGCUUGGAGCAAAAGUGGAUUUUGUUUGUGAUGAAGGAUUUCAAUUAAAAGGCAACUCUGCUAGUUACUGCGUCUUGGCUGGAAUGGAAAGCCUUUGGAAUAGCAGCGUUCCAGUGUGCGAACAAAUCUUUUGUCCAAGUCCUCCAGUUAUUCCUAAUGGGAGACACACAGGAAAACCUCUGGAAGUCUUUCCCUUUGGAAAAGCAGUAAAUUACACAUGCGACCCCCACCCAGACAGAGGGAGGACCUUCGACCUCAUUGGAGAGAGCACCAUCCGCUGCACAAGUGACCCUCAAGGGAAUGGGGUUUGGAGCAGCCCUGCCCCUCGCUGUGGAAUUCUGGGUCACUGCCAAGCCCCGGAUCCUUUUCUGUUUGCUAAGUUGAAAACCCAAACCAAUGCAUCUGACUUUCCCAUUGGGACAUCUUUAAAGUACGAAUGCCGUCCUGAGUACUAUGGGAGGCCAUUCUCUAUCACAUGUCUAGACAACCUGGUCUGGUCGAGUCCCAAAGAUGUCUGUAAACGUAAAUCAUGUAAAACUCCUCCAGAUCCAGUGAAUGGCGUGGUGCAUGUGAUCACAGACAUCCAGAUUGGAUCCAGAAUCAACUAUUCUUGUACUACAGGGCACCGACUCAUUGGUCACUCAUCUGCUGAAUGUAUCCUCUCAGGCAAUACUGCCCAUUGGAGCACGAAGCCGCCAAUUUGUCAACGAAUUCCUUGUGGGCUACCCCCCACCAUCGCCAAUGGAGAUUUCAUUAGCACCAACAGAGAGUAUUUUCACUAUGGAUCUGUGGUGACCUACCGCUGCAAUCUUGGAAGCAGAGGGAGAAAGGUGUUUGAGCUCGUGGGUGAGCCCUCCAUAUACUGCACCAGCAAUGAAGAUCAAGUGGGCAUCUGGAGCGGCCCGGCCCCUCAAUGCAUUAUACCUAACAAAUGCAUGCCUCCAAUUGUGGAAAAUGGAAUAUUGGUAUCUGACAACAGAAGCUUAUUUUCCUUAAAUGAAGUUGUGGAGUUUAAGUGUCAGCCUGGCUUUGUCAUGAAAGGACCCCGCCGUGUGCAAUGCCAGGCCCUAAACAAAUGGGAGCCAGAGCUACCAAGCUGCUCCAGGGUGUGUCAGCCGCCUCCAGAAAUCCUGCAUGGUGAGCAUACCCUAAGCCAUCAGGACAACUUUUCACCUGGGCAGGAAGUGUUCUACAGCUGUGAGCCCGGCUAUGACCUCAGAGGGGCUGCAUCUCUGCACUGCACGCCCCAGGGAGACUGGAGCCCUGAAGCCCCCAGAUGUGCAGUGAAAUCCUGUGAUGACUUCUUGGGUCAACUCCCUCAUGGCCGUGUGCUAUUUCCACUUAAUCUCGAGCUUGGGGCAAAGGUGUCCUUUGUCUGUGAUGAAGGGUUUCGACUCAUUGGUUCCCCAUCUACUACUUGUCUCGUCUCAGGCAAUAAUGUCACAUGGGAUAAGGAGGCACCUAUUUGUGAGAUCAUAUCUUGUGAGCCACCUCCAACCAUAUCCAAUGGAGACUUCUACAGCAACAAUAGAACAUCUUUUCACAAUGGAACAGUGGUAACUUACCAGUGCCACACUGGACCAGAUGGAGAACAGCUGUUUGAGCUUGUGGGAGAACGGUCAAUAUACUGCACCAGCAAAGAUGAUCAAGUUGGUGUUUGGAGCAGCCCUCCCCCUCGGUGUAUUUCUACUAAUAAAUGCACAGCUCCAGAAGUUGAAAAUGGAAUUAGAGUACCAGGAAAUAGGAGUUUCUUUUCCCUCAAUGAGAUCGUGAGAUUUAUAUGUCAGCCCGGCUUUGUCAUGGUAGGGUCCCACACUGUGCAGUGCCAGACCAACGGCGGAUGGGGGCCCAAGCUGCCACACUGCUCCAGGGUGUGUCAGUCGCCUCCAGAAAUCCUGCAUGGUGAGCAUACCCCAAGCCAUCAGGACAACUUUUCACCUGGGCAGGAAGUGUUCUACAGCUGUGAGCCCAGCUAUGACCUCAGAGGGGCUGCGUCUCUGCACUGCACACCCCAGGGAGACUGGAGCCCUGAAGCCCCUAGGUGUACAGUGAAAUCCUGUGAUGACUUCCUGGGCCAACUCCUUCAUGGCCGUGUGCUGUUUCCACUUAAUCUCGAGCUUGGGGCAAAGGUGUCCUUUGUUUGCGAUGAAGGGUUCCGAUUAAAAGGCAGGUCUGCUAGUCAUUGUGUCUUGGCUGGAAUGAAAGCCCUUUGGAAUAGCAGUGUCCCAGUGUGUGAACAAAUCUUUUGUCCAAAUCCUCCAGCUAUCCUUAAUGGGAGACACACAGGAACUCCCCUUGGAGAUAUUCCCUAUGGAAAAGAAAUAUCUUACACAUGUGAUGCCCACCCAGACAGAGGGAUGACCUUCAACCUCAUUGGGGAGAGCACCAUCCGCUGCACAAGUGACUCUCAAGGGAAUGGGGUUUGGAGCAGCCCUGCCCCUCGCUGUGAACUUUCUGUUCCUGCUGCCUGCCCACAUCCACCCAAGAUCAAAAACGGGCAUUACAUUGGAGGACACGUAUCUCUAUAUCUUCCUGGGAUGACAAUCAGCUACAUUUGUGACUCCGGCUACCUGUUAGUGGGAAAGGGCUUCAUUUUCUGUACAGACCAGGGAAUCUGGAGCCAACUGGAUCAUUUUUGCAAAGAAGUAAAUUGUAGUUUCCCACUGUUUAUGAAUGGAAUCUCGAAGAAGUUAGAAAUGAAAAAAGUGUAUCACUAUGGAGAUUAUGUGACUUUGGAGUGUGAAGAUGGGUAUGCUCUGGAAGGCAGUCCCUGGAGCCAGUGCCAGGCGGAUGACAGAUGGGACCCUCCUCUGGCCAUAUGUACCUCUCGUGCACGUGAUGCUCUCAUAGUUGGCACUUUAUCUGGUACGAUCUUCUUUAUUUUAUUCAUCAUUUUCCUCUCUUGGAUAAUUCUAAAGCACAGAAAAGGCAAUAAUGCACAUGAAAAACCUAAAGAAGUGGCUACCCAUUUACAUUCUCAAGGAGGCAGCAGCAUUCAUCCCCGAACUCUGCAAACAAAUGAAGAAAAUAGCAGGGUCCUUCCUUGACAAAGUACUAUACAGCUGAAGAACAUCUCGAAUACAAUUUUGGUUGGAAAGGAGCCAAUUGAUUUCAACAGAAUCAGAUCUGAGCUUCAUAAAGUCUAAGUGACGUCACAGAGAUGCAGACAUGUGCACUUGAAGAUGCUGCCGCUUCCCCAGUACCUAGCGAAGCUCCUCCCUCUUUGUGUGAAACCCCCACCCUUCUGCCUCAU